UAAUUUGGCAGCAGAUAUGCAGGGCAGUUACACUUCUGUUCUGCACUGUCCUUCAGCUGCUGAUAGAUAGGCUGCAGUGUGCUGGGAUGUUUCACCCUGCUCUUAGAGAUUAGAAGCUUUCUUCAGAGGCAGCAAGGUAUGAGGAAGAAGGUGCUUUUUCGCAGAGCCAACAAAACAGGAGGAACAAAUGGAAUGAAUUAUGAAUUUUGAACAUUGUCGCUGGGGUUAAUUUGCCAUUGGAAGAGCUUUGCCUUGCCCCGUCACCGCCUCUUCUGCACUGAACUGGGAGCAACAUGGUGGCAGAGAAGAGGAGCGGAGAGCAGAGAAAAGUGGUCUUGCUCUAGUGCAGACAUGCCAGCAUUAGGAGUUUGCAGCUUUGGGGGUUGGAAUGAAGGACAUGAACUUGAUUGACAUCCUUUGGAGGCAAGAUAUAGACCUUGGGGCAAGGCGUGAAGUUUUUGAUUUUAGUCAACGACAGAAGGAGUAUGAACUCGAGAAACAGAAGAAACUUGAAAAGGAAAGACAAGAGCAGCUCCAGAAAGAGCGGGAGAAAGCCUUGCUGGCUCAGCUGGUGUUAGACGAGGAGACAGGUGAAUUUGUUCCAGCUCAGCCAGCUCAGCACAUUCAGUCAGAAAACGCUGAACCACCAAUCAAUUUUUCUCAGAGCACAGAUACUUCAAAACCAGAAGAGGCCUUGUCCUUUGAUGACUGCAUGCAGCUCUUGGCAGAAGCAUUCCCGUUUAUAGACAACAAUGAGGCUUCUCCAUCUGCAUUUCAAUCACUGGUUCCCGAUCAGAUUGAUAGUGACCCAGUCUUCAUUACUUCUAAUCAAACUCAGCCACCCAACUCACCUGGUAUAGUUCCACUUGCUGAUGCAGAGAAUAUGCAGAACAUAGAGCAAGUCUGGGAAGAGUUAUUGUCCCUUCCGGAGUUACAGUGUUUAAACAUUGAAAAUGACAACCUGGCUGAAGUGAGCACAAUCACAAGCCCUGAAACCAAGCCAGCAGAGAUGCACAACAGCUAUAAUUACUACAACUCAUUACCCAUCAUGAGAAAAGAUGUUAACUGUGGUCCAGAUUUCCUGGAGAACAUUGAGGGUCCUUUUUCCAGCAUUUUGCAGCCAGAAGACAGCAGCCAGCUGAACGUCAACUCUUUAAAUAACACAUCAACUGUGAGCUCUGAUUUCUGUGAGGAUUUCUAUACCAGUUUUAUAUGCGCAAAGGGGGACAGUGACACAGUAACGACAAACACUAUCAGUCAAUCACUUGCAGAUAUUUUAAGUGAACCUAUUGAUCUUUCUGAUUUCCCGCUGUGGAGAGCUUUUAAUGAUGACUACUCAGGAACUGUACUAGAGUGUAAUGAUUCCGACUCUGGUAUUUCACUGAAUGCAAAUUCUAGUAUAGCAUCACCUGAGAACUCUGUUGAAUCAUCUACCUGUGGAGAUAAGACUUUGGGUUGUAGUGAUUCUGAAAUGGAAGACAUGGACAGUUCUCCUGGAAGCGUGCCACAGAGCAAUGCUAGUGUGUACUCAUUGCGGUUCCCUGAUCAGGUACUUCCUUCUGUGGAGCCAGGCACUCAAAAAUCCAGCUUACAACGUAUGAACACACCAAAGAAAGACCCUCCUGCCGGCCCAGGUCACCCUAAAGCUCCAUUCACAAAAGAUAAGCCUUCGGGCCGUCUUGAAGCUCAUCUCACAAGAGAUGAGCAAAGAGCAAAGGCUCUGCAGAUCCCUUUUCCAGUGGAAAAAAUCAUCAAUCUCCCUGUUGAUGACUUUAACGAAAUGAUGUCUAAGGAGCAGUUCAGCGAAGCCCAGCUUGCACUUAUUCGAGAUAUACGCAGGAGAGGCAAGAAUAAAGUGGCUGCUCAAAACUGCAGAAAGAGAAAACUGGAAAAUAUAGUGGAACUGGAGCAAGAUUUGAGUCACCUAAAAGAUGAGAGGGAGAAAUUGCUGAAAGAAAAAGGAGAGAAUGACAAAAGCCUUCGUCAAAUGAAAAAGCAAUUAACCACCUUAUAUGUUGAGGUGUUCAGCAUGCUGCGCGAUGAAGAUGGAAAGUCUUACUCUCCUAGUGAAUACUCACUGCAGCAAACUAGAGAUGGCAAUAUCUUCCUUGUUCCCAAAAGCAGGAAGGCAGAGACUAAACUUUGAACUGCUUGAAGAGCAGCACGGCUGGCUGGUGUUCUCCGAGUUACUAUUUUUGUAUCGUUAACCUAAUAGCUUUUACUGUGAGGUGGAAUGCAGAAUUAGGUAAUAUUUUUCAAGUAAUUCUAUGCAAUGAUGAUUUGAAAAUUAAUAGUAAAGUUUAUGAAAGGUGCGAGUUCAAAACUAAUAGUGUAAUGCAGAUGUAUGUAUGCAAAUUUGUAAUCUCACUUUUAUAACAGGUAUUUCCUUCUUUUAGCACCACUUCAACUAGUUUCCAUACAUGUGUAAAUAUUUAAAGAUACCGUAUUUAUAUACUGUUCUUAUCUCCUGUUAUAUUCAUAGAUUUGAUAUAUAAGAAUAAUUCUAGCCUCCUAAAUGUAAUUUCUUGCAAUACGAACAGAAUGGCUUCUUACUCUUUUGUAAAAGAAAAGAAAUGCAAUAGCGUUUGUUUCCGAUUUUUCUUAUGCAUUUAUAAAUGCUUUAUAUUUAAUAUAUGAUUCUAAUUUAGUGUCAAGUUGAUACUCAUUGUUUGAUUUUUGAUUCAUCUUACCAGUUCAUUAAACUUUUUAUUAUUAUUAUUAUUAUUAUUUUUUACACCAUAGGCAUUUAUUUCCCUGAAGUAGGUUAUAUGCUGAUUCAGAUACCCUCACUGGUUUUCCAAGGAUAAGUCUUCAUGCAACAAAAUACACUUAACAAGCAGAGACAUAUCACACAGCAUUAUUAAUGGUCACCAUAAUUUUAACUACCAUUUGGAAGGAUUGUGUGCCAAAUUUGUUUCAGGCCUAUACUAUCUUAAUAUAAUUUGUUUUGCUCUCAGAACACUAUUGAUAAGCUCAUGAUGAGAUCUCCUCCAAAGGCAUUAGAAUCUGUUUAAUUAAAAGCAGUGUCAGCAUUACAUAUUUUUUCCAACUAAUAAAUUCUGUAUACCUUUCACUAAUUAUUAUUGGAAUUCAUUAUGCAUCUCUGACUGAUCAGCAGCCAUCUUUUGUCACUGCUGUUCUCUCUGAGGUGAUGGAAAAAGAUACCCCCAUGGCCAAGCACUGCGCUCUGUGGAACCUGGGCUCCAUUUGUUGAAAGAAUGUUGUGACUUGUGAAGUUAUAAGAGAUGAAAAAUUGGGCAAAUAAAUCACAGUGUUUCAUUUAU